UCUUUGAUCUUCAUUGCAUCACUCUUAGUUGUGGCAUGUGGGAUCUAGUUCCCUGACCAGGGAUCAAACCUGGGCUCCCUGCAUUGGGAGCACAGAGUGUUAGCCACUAGACCACCCCUGCAAUUCUUAAUAUUUCAAGAAUAAGGAUAUUUUCAUCUUGCACUGGGCCCUGCAAACAGCUGACUGUGUCCAGACAAGGCUUAGUCAGUGCUUGAUCACACGGGACUGCCUGUGCCAGCCACAGGAAAUGGGCUAUCUUUACAAAGAGGAGGACUUGCUCAGAAAAUCUAGAUGGAAUUUAACCGAGACUGGCGUGGCUGUCUGGGCGACUGAUUUACAGAAGGGUGGAUGGGCCCAUCAACCGCAGGCAAGGAAUGGGAUGGGCAUCAUCUUCACAAGGAACAGCAACUGGAACUGCACAUGCAAAUGUGCUACGUGAGAAUGACCUUCGACAAGGUUUCAGCAUCAUUAUCUCAUGAUGUCCCAAGGCCCCAGCUUCCCUCAUUUUUCUGACGAACUGAGAACAGCUCUAAGAGGCUGACAGAGGCAGCAGAAAAGCUCCAAGAAAAGCAGAAAAGGGAAACAGUGAGUGGAACUGGGUGAGGAGGCUCCAGGCUCUGGAGGAGCUUGGAGAGAUCACCGGGGGACCGGGCCAUGCGGCUGCCAGCGGCUCUGCUGCUUCUCUGCGUCCCAGGCUCUUUGUCCCUGAGUGGCCCCAGCACCGUGACGGGUACCGUGGGGGCCUCCCUGAGCGUGGGGUGUCGCUACGAGGAGGAAUACAGGGCAUUUCACAAAUACCGGUGCAGACAGCCGUGCUUCCCGCUUUGGCAGCGGGCUGUGCAGACCAGCGGGUCCGAAGUGCAGGUCAAGAGCGGCCGGGUGUCUGUCACGGACCAUCCGGAGGACCUCGCCUUCACAGUGACCUUGGACAGCCUCACUGCAGACAAUGCAGGGAAAUACAGGUGUGGGGCUGCGACGAUUCUGAAGGAAGAAGGACUCCUCGGCUUCCUGCCUGAUCCCUUUUUCCAGGUUCAAGUGAUUGUCUCCCCAGCCUCCAGUAGCAACAGCUCUACGUGGACUUCUGGAUCGCUCAGCCAGCAGCAAGGGCCCCGGCUGGGCAGCGCCCACUUCCUGCUCCUGGUCUUCCCGAAGGUGCCCCUGCUCCUGGGCCUGCUCAGUGCCCUCCUCUGGGUCAACAGGACUCAGCGGGCAAUUUGUGGGGAAACAGAACCAGUCUGACCAAGACAAUCUGCAGCCUUGCCCCCUCGCCAUCAAUAUACUGUCCAGAGCAGACUAGAGAACUUCUGACCUUGAACUUCAUGUCGCUUUUCACCUUAUAGCCAGAGACUCGAUUAAAAAAAAAAAACUUAAAAAAGUUUAAUGAAAUAUAUCACAUAUACAAGUGUCUAUAUGAUAUUUACCUGCCUGGUGCUUGGCUGGGGAGAACAGGGGAGAGCAUUUCACAAGGGCACCCAGAACCCCUCAUUCCCUAGGAGGGAGCCCCAGGCACAGCACCGCUUGUCAGGGGACCCCAGGGCCUGAUUUUCUGCCAUCUCACCCACCUGCGUUUCUUUCCCCCAGGUAUAGAUUCUCAACUCUUCAUUUCUUCAUUCACUCACCAAAUACAAAUACAAAGAGCCUGGCAUGUUCCUAGGUGUCGUGGAGAGAGCAAUCAUUAAAACAUGGGUUUAUAUUCUAAUGGAAGUUUUUAAAAAAAUAAAGAUAUAACACUGGUUUAUAAUAAGCAUUGUGGGGACUUCUCCGGUGGUCCAGUGGUUAAGACUUCGCCUUUCAAUACAGGGACUGUGGGUUUGAUCCCUGGUCAGG